ACUGUGUGUUUUCGUCCUUUUUCUGUAAUGCGCGCUUGCAGAUGUUGGGGCGCUCGCGCAUCAUGACAUAGCAGGCUCGGCUAGCCGAGCGUGUGGCGUUAGUGUGGCCAGCUGUUUUGCAUGCUAUCGACGCGUUAAGCUCGCGGCCGUGCGUCCGCGUUUAUUUACUUUUCUCCACAUCGCGUUCGGUGCCGCCGCGUCCGGCUCGGUCCGGCUCGGUCCGCCGCCGUCGUCGCUGGUGUCGUGAGCUCGAGCGCCGUCUCCCUCCGCUGCCCCGAGCUCCCCGAUGGACAUUUUCCCCCCUUUUCUCGCCUUUUGUGACACGCAGAUGUAAUAAUUACUCCAAAUUCACCUCUUCCCCCCUGCUGACGACUCGCACGCGCGUCCUUUUCCCCCCCGUUUAAAACCAGCAGCUCGCGCAAAGAGCGCGCGCAACUUUUGCACAUGUCAUUUUUAAUUUUUUUGCGCGCAUUGUUCUUUAUUUUCUUGCCUUUUGGCUGCUGCGUUUUUACCACUUUGUGCGGUGUUAAUAGCGACGCUCGUUAAACGCGUUCAAGAUUAUGAGUGUUGUUUACUCUGGAGGUGGGCGAUACGUGAGAAGAGGAGUGGCAUGGAGGAACUGGCCAUGCCUGAACAAGUAGCCAGGAGGAGGAGGAUGUGUAUUCCGUCAGUGGAAACAGUGACCAGCAUUAUUAGCUGAAAAAUGGAAAGGGAGUUGUACGUCACUUGGCCUUGGAUGUAUUAAGAAUUAAGCCACUUACUGUAACAAAUGCAACACAUGGCGCUUUGAAGGAACCCAUCCUUCUGUAGGAUGGUCAUGAAUUCUGGCAUGUAACCAAGUAAGAUGUAACGACCGGUCAACUACAUUUUGUCUUUUGAAAAACACAAGGCACUUAAGAUGUGAAAAUUAAGUGUCACAUUGUGAUUCACACCUCCUCUCUGACAUUACGUGAAAGACAAAUUCUGAACGAUGUGCAAUAAAAGGAAAACAUUUGACCAGGAUACCCAUGGCGAAAACAAGAACUUAUUUAUUAAUCAGAGACAGUGAUUCAAGUAGCACUGAAACCACAGAACUGUUCAAAUCAAAUUUUAGCAUUUGCAGAAGCUUGGGAUCAUCGCAGUCCAUAGAGCAAAGCCAUGCUGUGCCUGAGCCUUGGCACCAUUGGCUGUAAAUGGGAAUUGGUAAUUGUCAUAUCUGACAGCAGAUGAGUUGAAAGUAGACCAUCCGUGAAUGUGGGCUGAAACAGGGUAAAGACUCUACAGUGUUUCUGUUAACAGCUUCCACUUGUCACUGUUGCAUCUCAUCUGGCAAUUUUAGCGAAAUUAUCACUGCUCUUUGAGCAGAAGGUGUUGCUCCUGCACACCCAUGUUUCAGUGACUGGGCAAUGUUCCAGUUCGGAAAGUACAAUGUGGACAUCAUAGAGAUGCUGAGUGGACACCAGGCCCAUCAGCUCAAAGGUCUUGGAAUAGAGCGACAACUACAACACCAGCAGCAAGUGCAGCUUCACCAGCACCAGCUGCAGCAGCAACAGCAGCAGCAAGUAGAAACUUCUGGGGCUAUUUUAUCUGGACUCGGUUUGGGCCCACUCCAAGGAUCAAGAAGCAGUGCCUUUUCCAAUUCCACAUCGAUUUUCACCAAAAUGAGCGCUCCUCCUCCACCCCUGCAGCAACAGUCAUUGUCUUCGUCCUCGCAGGGCUCGAGGAAGUCCAGCAAAAUGUCUGGAAGCAGCAGCGGUGGAAGUCAUGUGAGUGGGUAUCCGCAGUUUUUGCGCUCAUUUCAUCCAACAGAGGCAGCCCUUGCUCAAGAACAUUUGCAUCCGGGAGUUGGGCGGUUUGACCAAUUUGCAGGUAGUGGUGGAAGUGGAGGGAGCUCGGGAGGAAUUGGAGGACUGGUAUCAUCCAUUCCACCACCUCCUCCUCCAUUACAUCCGGGGCUUUCCGUCCCUCAGGCAUCCCCAGGACCAUCCUCCUCAUCCCCAUCUCCUUCGAGUUCUGUUUCCAGUUCCAACAACCCUCCCAGCAGUAGUACUGUAACCUCCCUGGGUCACCAGUUGGCGGGAGCUCAGUCUGAUGCCCGGAGCUUGCAUCAGCAGUUUAGUUGCAUGCUAGCAGCCAAUCAGUAUUUUCUUUCUGGAGUACCUGCCAACUCCAGCUUAGAGCAAUUUUUGGUCCAACAAGGCAGCCACAACCAUCUCGGUCUUGGUCUGGGUCAAACUGGGGGGGAGUCGAGUUCCAGUCUCGCUCCACCUCCUGCUCUCCACUCCUCGCACUCACAUAGCCACUCAACCACCCUGCCACAGCCGCAACAACCACCGCCACAGCAACAGCAGCUACCCCCUCAUACGCUGUCACACCCCCAUCCACACCCGCAUCACCCUCUACAUUCCUCGUCUCAGCCUUCUUCAUUAGGUAGCUUCGAUUUUCAAGGGAUUCCUGUCCUCUCCUCAAACCAGCUAGCAUCUUUAAUGCAGCAGGAAGCUGGUCUACCACUACCCCUACCGCUACAUCUGUCCCUUUCCAAGGACGAAGGGAAAGGAGACAGUGCAUCGGGAGGAAGUGGAAGUGGAGGAGGCAGGAGAAAGAAAGCAAUGGCUGGUUACUUGCCUCAGCGGAAGGCUGAUAACAGCAACAACAACAGUGGCAGCAGUAACAGCCACAAUUCUACAAAUCCUAACCCCAGCAGCAGCACUUCAGGGAGUCUCAACCAGGAUAAUGCAUCCAGUCUUGGUGGAGGUGGGGGCAUUAUUGGUAUUGGUGGAGAACCUCCUUCCCACAUGACGCCUUCAUCUUCCUCUUCUGGUGUGUCAUCGUCUUCUUCUUCUGCUCCCUCUUCUACAUCAGCAUCAGUCUUGGUGACAAAUAGUUCUAAGGCUGACAACCACGGUUCCAUGCACCCUCCUUCCUCUCAGCCUGAAGCAGAACCACUUUACCAUUGUGGGGAGUGUGGCAAGAGUUUUACGCACUUAUCCAGCCUGCGCAGGCACUUGCGCAGUCACGAAGUGACCACGGCAGGCACGGCAGGCACAAGGAGCAACAUUGUAAAUCCUGUUCUACACCCUGCGGAUCCCUGUAUUCCUCAUUCAACCCAGGAUGUUCCAGCAACAUCCUCGUGCCCCAGCCCUGACAAGACUUUCCACUGCUCGGACUGUGGCAAAGGGUUCAAGAAAAAAGGGCACCUACUCCAACAUGGUGUCAUUCACUCUGGCGCACGACCGUACGCCUGCAGUACCUGUAGCCGUGCAUUUAAUCGCCGUGAAUCGCUCACUCGUCACGAAAAGAUACACGAAGAGAAACCCUUCCGUUGUCCGGCCUGUGGCCGCUGUUUCCGUGAGAGCACCUCAUUGUUGAACCAUGCAGCCUCUGGCACCUGCGGCAAGUCAGGAAGGGGGCCAAGACCGAAGAAUGAUAGCAGUAACCCUGUUGGCGGCAAGAGCAAUAAGACAGGGGCUUCCAGUGAUGGAAUGGUAACUAGUGCGGUGGGGUCUUACCGGAGUGACAGUUACAGCGACAGCUACAAAGAGCAGCGCUCUCAAGGCAGCCUGUACUCCGGAACCUCCUCAUGUGGCGGAGGCUUAGCUGGGCCAUCUCUUAGAAAGGCCCCUUUAGCCCCUACUCUGCAUCCCCACCCACAGAACCAAAGCCAAAGCCAACAGCAUCACCAUCAGCCGCCACAUCUGCCCCUUUCUUCUCUGCUGGAUGAUUCGGAAGACGAUGUUACAAGCUCCGUUAAUAAUGCUAUUUCUGCAAUCACUGCUGCAGCAGCAAAUUGCAUGGGUGGUGAUCUUAAUACUAGCGGGGCUCGAGGAGACGACAGACGGGAUAUCAUUGGAGGGCUUCUUGGAGGUCUUGGUCUAGGCCCUCUUGCAUCUCCUGGUGGUCCAUCAUCAACAUCUGGCAUGGACAAAUCUUUUAGGGGUGGUCCAAACCAGGAUGCUUUAACUUCAAGCCAACAGCCAAACCAACAGACUCCGAGUGGAAAGCCCAAGCGACCUCGGAAGCCCCGGAAAAAGAAAGAACCUGGUGCACCAGGUUCAGAGCCUCCUAAAAGAAGACAACCCUCACAGAGAACAGUGGGAGUCCUUGGGGAAGUUCGGCCAUUUUUAUGCAGCAUCUGUGGCCGAGGAUUUGCCAGACGAGAAACCCUAAGAAGGCAUGACCGUAUACACACUGGAGAGAAGCCUCACCACUGCACGGUGUGCGGCAAAUACUUCAGAGAGGCGUUUCACCUUAGCAAGCACCAUACAGUGCAUUCUGGAGAGAAGAACUACAAAUGUCUUCUUUGUGGAAAGGAUUUUGGAUAUGCACAGAGCCUUAAAAGACACGGAAAGCUGCACCAGAAAGGAGAACUGGAAGAAGUACCAGCGACACCUGGAGGAGAUAACCUCAACAAUUAUCCCUCUGCUAGUGGGAGCAUGAUUCAAGGAGGUCAAGGCAGUUCUUCUUCAUUCUACUCGUACUCCCAAGAUGUCAAACCUCAAGGAACUAAUCCUCAGCCUGCUCCCAGACUCUACACAUGUGCUAUAUGCUGGAAAUCCUUCCGCCAUCACUUCCAUCUUACGGCACAUCAUCAAACGGUGCAUGAGGGAGGUGGCGACAAGCUGUUUUCUUGUGAAGUGUGUGGGAAGGCCUUCGCAUAUUCCAACAGCCUUACGAGACACAGGUUAUCUCAGCAUGGCCUGACACGUAAUGGUCAAGGAACAUCUCAAGGGAGUGGUAAUGGCGCUGGAGAAGAUAGCAACGUUGCUGGUUCCAUAUCUGAGAGUGAAGCUGCCACAAACGCUUUGCUUCAGCUUGCACCCAGCAGUGGAAGCCAAGGGGAGCAGCAGUCCCACCCUGGAGUUCUUCACAGUCACCAACAGCCUCCACCCCAGCCACAAGCUGGUUACUCGCCUCUGUUCUAUGUACCCGAAGCCAGUACAUCGCACCCUUCCUCCUCUAAUGCCACCCCUUACUCGCAGCCUUUGCCUUCUAGUUCCUCCAUAUCAUCACUAAAUCAUCAGCACAGCGUGGUGAAAGGAGAGCCAAUGUAUCAGACUGGCCAAAGACACGUGCUCAACCCAAACUUGCCUGUUCACCCACUUGUGCUGCCUCCGCCGGAUCAUCAGCACCACUCUCACCCUCAGCAGCAUCCAGAAGACAUCCAGCCCCACCAUCACCACCACCACCACCACCACCACCACAGCUUUCACAGCGAAGACGAGCUGCGACGACGCAAGAAAAAAAAAAAAAGACGGAUCGGGAGAGAGAAGAUAGGCUACGAAUGGAGCCGGACCGCAAAAAUGGACGGGGGACAGGGGGUUCUAUCGGCUGGGCAAAGGAAGAGAAAUGAAAGGAGAAUACUUCAGAAAAGGAGGAAGAGAGCGAUUCGCAGGAGGCAACGCAAAUUUAGGAGGAAGAUGGCUAUGCUCCUGAGGAUCAGGCGAGGCGGGAGUACUAGGGUUGUCUAUGAACUGGGCUCUACAGAAGGACUUGAACUAUAUAGACUGUUUUCUUGGCAGGUCCCUCUCAAACGUUUCCCUUGUCCCUUCUGUUUUCUUACGACGUUUUCGCGACGAGCAGCACUUGUGGUCCACAUAGCGGCCCGACACUGUCCCAAAGUCAGUUACCGUGUUGAUCGACUGAGAUGCCUAGUCUGUGGGAAGCAAUCUCGCAGAUUCCUCUCGGCCCUCAUUCACAGGAGCUCUCAUUUAUCCAACAGAGCGUUUUCUUGCAGACGCUGCCCCUCGCGUUUCUGGAACGCUGCACUCCUCACAAGACAUAAGAGAACUUGUCGGGGAAAGUUGGCGGAACUGAGACAAGGGAGAACGCUUUGUUUUAAAUUGACCGCGGGAAACUUUUUCAAGAGGGUGGAGGGUAAAGGGAAUAUCUCGACCCUGCAAAUACAAUACAGUCACUGAGUGCCCUUCAGUAAUUAAACCUAAAGACUUUAAUGUGUAGUAGGAAAGAAGAGGGAGUUUUGCAUGAAAGAAUAGAGACUCUCUAGACUUGGUAUCCGAGUAAGUCUUUUGAGUGCUUUUAGAGCUUAUUCUUUUCUCUCUCAUCAUCAUCAUAGAUUACUCCGGUAAGCCGAACCUCCAUGCAAACUUGCAGAUGCAUUGCAGACAUCUUUUAUAAAGAUAUUGACGUUUCUGUCUUAUCCACCCCCAUCCUAACCUUCGAAAAGGAUUCUGUACCCUCGUGUGCGUUGGCUCCUCAGCUGACAUUAGGUGAAUCUAUAGUAACGUUACUAAUACAGUACUUUCCCCUAACAGUAAUGCUCACUGUAACUCAACAAAUGCUCUGUAGAAUUACUCUGUCUCGGUAUGUAUAAUGUGUAGUUGAUGUUCACUUAGAGCAAGUGUGGGGAUGUGACGCUCUUCAGUGUAAAAAUAAUUGCAUUAGUAGCAUAAGGAGAAAAGAAAGAUUCCUAAAAGGAA